UUCGCACUGCUUUCAUGUUGAUGAAAAGUCCACCACGACUCGGUCCGGAAUUGUAUGACUCACCUGCCGCUUUUAAUUGUCGCCCGGCUUCUCUGUGUCUGUGCCUCUGCCCCCUCCCUCAGCUGCCCCUCUUGCGUCGCCAGCUCUCUUGAUCUGACUGGCAAUUAGAGGUUGGGUUCGUUGGAAAAGAGGAAACUGAUCUAAUUCACCCUCGUGCUUAUUAUGAAGGAAAAUCCUCAAAUGCUACCCACCAACAGGAGUAGAACUCAACCCAGAGCUGUUAGACCUUGGCCCCUUUCAGGGAUGGACAACUCCGAUUCAAGGCGCAAGCCUCAUGUUUAUGGAAAACUUCUGAUGGCAGUUAUUCUGACAGCCUUCUGCAUACUGAUUUUAAAGCAAUCCCCGAAUUUUAGUGGCAGUAAUGUGUUUUCUCAUCAUGAACCUGGGGUAACUCAUGUCUUAGUAACAGGCGGUGCUGGCUAUAUUGGCUCGCAUGCUGCACUUCGACUCCUAACAGACUCAUACCGUGUUACAAUUGUGGAUAACCUUUCCAGAGGGAAUCUUGGGGCUAUUAGGGUUCUCCAGCAGCUGUUUCCAGAGCCUGGAAGACUUCAGUUUAUUUUUGCUGAUUUAGGGGAUGCGAGAGCUGUCAACAGGAUAUUUGCUGAAAAUGCUUUCGAUGCUGUUAUGCACUUUGCAGCUGUUGCUUAUGUAGGGGAAAGCACACUUGAACCUCUUAGGUACUAUCACAACAUCACGGCAAAUACUUUGGUAAUUCUUGAAGCUAUGGCAGCACAUGGCGUUAAAACUCUUAUUUACUCGAGUACCUGUGCUACUUAUGGAGAACCAGAAAAGAUGCCUAUUACAGAAGAAACUCCUCAGCUUCCUAUCAACCCAUACGGGAAGGCCAAGAAAAUGGCAGAAGACAUCAUCUUGGAUUUUUCAAAGAGAUCAGACAUGGCAGUCAUGAUCUUAAGGUAUUUCAAUGUCAUAGGCUCAGAUCCAGAAGGAAGACUAGGUGAAGCUCCUAGACCUGAACUAAGGGAGCAUGGACGUAUAUCUGGUGCGUGCUUCGAUGCAGCACUAGGUAUCAUACCAGGGUUGAAGGUUAAAGGAACAGACUAUGCAACAAGUGAUGGAACUUGUAUCAGAGACUAUAUCGAUGUCACUGACCUUGUUGAUGCUCAUGUGAAAGCUCUUGACAAGGCAAGGCCUAACAAAGUUGGUAUAUACAACGUUGGUACUGGAAAAGGAAGGUCAGUCAAAGAAUUUGUCGAGGCCUGCAAGAAGGCAACUGGGGUGAACAUCAAAGUUGACUACCUUGAACGUAGACCAGGGGACUAUGCCGAAGUCUACAGUGACCCUUCAAAAAUCAAUUCGGAGCUCAACUGGACCGCACAUUACACCGAUCUUCAAAAGAGCCUCUCAACCGCAUGGAGAUGGCAGAAAUCACAUCCGAAUGGUUAUCGGUCACCAUCGGCCAUGGCUGUUUGAUCAACUGUUCCACUCGAUUAUACAUAUUAGAUUUCAUGAAGAUGUCAGCUUCUGAUAGAAGUCAUUAGCAACCUUCAUUGCUUAGAUUAAUGAUGAGGGUGGUCUUGGCAAGCAUAGAGGAAGGAUUCAAUCACUCGCGAAGUCUUAUCAUACUGAGUGUAGGAAUCGAGAUAAAAAUGUGUUAUUUUUACAAAGGUUAUGCAGAAGCCAUUAAAGAACAGAGCUCAUAGUUGUAAUCCCCCAUUGAUGGAUUUCUCAUGUAUGAUUCUUAAGUUGUGAUAAAAUGCCAUGAUUAUUCUUUUUCCCAUAUAAA